UUCAUGAUUUCAGCUUCUAAGUUGUUCUUCCUCUGCUAUAAAUCGCGGUUUAGCUAUAGAGCUACUUAAUAACACGACCGAAAGCUCAAGGAGUUACGAUGUGAUCUAAAUCUUCGUACAUACAUAAUAGAUCUAUAACCAGGGAAACAAGGCCCAAAUGACACUGGUCGUCUCAGUAUGCAUCAUACCAUAUACUCCUACUUCGACAAGUGACCAAGAUGGACACGGAGAGUGAAGAUGGGCUCAUCUGGCCCAAGAUCCACCCCUUAAAGCUCUUCGACGCCGCAAAGUCCCAAAACCGGCUGCUCUACGCCUGCGCGCCCAUGGUGCGCUACAGCAAGCUCGCCUUCCGGCAGACGGUCCACCACUUCGGCACGGACCUGUGCUGGACGCCCAUGAUCCUGGCCAAGGAGUUCAACCGGAGCCGGUUCGCGCGCGACAGCGACCUGACCAUAUCCACCCCAACCCCAGUUCCAGCUCCUGGUAGAAAGGGAGAAGGGGAUGGGUGUGGAGUUAGGGAUGAGGAAGUCCCGACGAUAGCCCAGUUCGGCGCGAACCAACCUCUCGAGCUCUCCCGCGCCGCCUCCCUCGCCGCCCCCUACGUCAACGGCGUGGACCUGAACUGCGGUUGUCCGCAGAGCUGGGCGUGCGCGGAGAAGCUGGGAGCCGCGCUGAUGGAGCGGCGCGAGCUGGUUCGGGACAUGGUAGUCGAGACGCGAGCUCGGCUCUCGCGCGACGGGUGGGCCGUGGACCUGGCCAACUACGACUCCAACCCCGACGUCGAUCCUCGCGCAGGCCGCGGCCGCAGCGUCAGCGUCAAGAUCCGCGUGCACUCCGACCUGCGACGGACGAUGGACUUCAUAACGACCGUGCUCGGGGACGAGCACAACCGCAACAUAGACUGGUUGACGAUCCACCCGCGCACGCGCCGCACGCCAAGCAGCGUCCCCAUCAACAUCGAGGCCCUUGAGAUCCUGACCUCGACGUACGGCACGAAGCUUCCCGUCCUCGUCUCCGGCGACGUAUUCACGCUCUCCACGCUGCCGUACACGUCGCAUCUACUUGACCCGCAACCCACGUUCACCACCACCUCCUCCUCCUCCAUCACCCCCGACAAUGCUGCUGAUUCUCCUCACCCUCCACCCACAACUCGCAAACCGCACCUCCCGAACCUAUCAGGCCUGAUGUCCGCGCGCGCCCUCCUCGCGAACCCGGCGCUCUUCAGCGGCCUUGAUAGCUGUCCCUGGGAAGCCGUCGACGUCUUCAUGACCAACGUCGCGCGGGCCCCGCUGCCGCUGAAGCUCGGCGUGCACCACCUGACCGAGAUGUGCGGGCCCGGCUUCGGGCCCGAUCGCAACGCCGCGCUGCUGACGAAGAAGGAGCGCGUGCGGCUUACCGAGAUGGGGAACUGGGUUGAUGUUAUUGAUUAUAUGGAUGAGAUCCGGAGUCAGAGAGGAGGGGAGGGUGGGAUGGUGCGGUUGGCUUGAGGGUCUGACCAUUGAAUAGUGUAUUGUAUGGAUGGAUAGGAGGGUCGGUAUGUGGGCCUAUAGACAUAGACUCCGCGAGAACAAUUGCUCGAUACCUAGUUCAAAAUCUUUAGUUAAUGUACAAGCCUUAAUCAC